AUGCGCUUCACCGCUAUCAUCCUCGCCCUCGCGGCCGCCGCCGUGGCUGUGCCUACCACCGCCAACACCUUCGCCGCCCAGGCAGCCAAGGCCUUCGAGGAGGCGCCCGAGUGCCACCUCCCGGACCCCGGCACGAACUGCGCUGGUGCCGCGAACAUGGACGUCGUCGUUUCCUACGGCAAGGACAUGACGCAGGCGGAGAAGGACCUCUACCUCAAUGCGGCCAAGGGCGCUGGUGCGAAUAUCAUCGGCACCACUGGCGAGCAUGGCUUCUACGGCUUCAUCCCCGAGUCCUUCGUCUCCCUCAUGAACGUCACCGGCCAGUCCUGCGGUCUCAAGGUCUUCGGCAACGGCUGCAUGGGCAUCCCAUGGUGCGGUGAGGCUCCUUGCUAG